AUGGAGCCAUUUAAAUUGACUCUUCAACAAGUUACAUUUAAAGAAGGUGAAGAAGAUCCUGGAGAUAAUUUGUUUAAUUCAUUUGAUGCUGUUAUCAACUGUAACUAUGAUUCACAACCAACAAAUGAUAAAGAUACUACUGUAGAAUACAAGAAUGAGUAUCAAAAUAUACAGUAUACAACUUGUGGUCUAGAUAAUACCACCCAUUCAGUUGGAAUACAAGUUCCGAGAAAAUCAGGCAGUGGUAAAUCUAGUUCCAGAGAUUGGUAUAACUAUUUAGAUCCCCUACAAGAAGAAGGUCUAGAUGAUUUUGUGAUCAAUGCUGAUACAGAUUUUGUUAGUCAGAAUGAUAACUUUAAACCAAGUGUAACUGACAUAUCUACCAUAGCACAGAUCUCAUCAAAUUCAUCUGCUGCUAAUAAACAGAUCCCACUCAGUAAUUUAAAAAACCUGAAAAGACAUGUUAAAACCUCACUAACGACCUCUAGAAAAUACACUAUGCCUAGUGAAACAGAAAUAACAUCCAAGAUGAGUUCUCCUACAACUCCUAUAUUAGAUUCAUCAUUUGAUACCGUAGCAGAGGCUCUACAUUUACAGAGAACUGUUAUUGGAAAUAGUAAACUAACUCCAGCCCCUCCUGAUGUAGUGGCUCAGAUUGUAGCCGAGGCUGAGAGAAAGAUGAGAGCUGAAUCAGAGAGUAAUGGUAGUGUGUCAUCACUAUCAGAGACUUCUAGUUUAUAUUCUCUAGAUCAGACAAUGUCACCUAAUAAAGAACCAGAAAUUGAACCUGGCAUUGAAGCAAGAGAAUCUCCACUAGCCAACCAAGAAAAUGUAGUCAUUUCCCAGUCACCAGCAUUGAAUAGAAAUAAUUCUAAUUCUAGCACCCAGUCUGCACAAGACAUAGAAGUUCCUCCAAUCAAUUCCUCCCCAAGGGAGUUAAUUAGAAUCCCUGCUCAAGGGUUAUCAGUCACCAAAGAAAAAAGCGGAUUAAAAAAUCAAGAAAAGCGAACCAGUAAGACAAAAGACUCUCCUGAAAGUGGUCAAAAGUACCAACAUGAUAGACUAUAUAGAAAAUCAUCAAAUGAAAGACUGGUUGAUAAAUAUAAUAUCUCUGAUAACCAGUCUUUCCUUGAGUCGUUAUCUCCUGUGAAAAGUGUAGAUAUGACUCAGUUUUUGCCUCCACGAAAGUUAAGCUCUUCAAGCCAAGAAUCCUUCUCUGAAGUCCCCAAAACCAUGAUUGCUGAAACACCUAAAAAAAUGCAGGAUACACCUCAGACCUCAUCUGAGCCAACAGCUGCUCCCAAAUCUGAAUUUGUCCUUCCAAAAUUAGGUCCAUUGUUUCCAAAUAUUCCCAAACCAAUAUUUAAUGUCCCAAGAACACCAGUCCCUACUCCCCAUAAACCCACUGAUGACACAAGUCAAGCCUUAAAGAUACAACUAGAUGCUGUUUUAAGAGAAAAGGCUAGACUUGAAGGGCAGCUAGAAAUCCUAACCACAGAAUCCAAUUCUAAUCUUCAAGAAAGGGCAGAGCUUCAAGCACAACUGGCUUCUUUGAAACUAAAACUGCUUCACAGAACCACUGCUGGCCAGGAUGAAAAGAAACUUGCUUUAAAAGCUGAUCUUGAAGAAAUGAGAAUGGUGAGACAGUCUUUGGAGGACUCCAUGGCGGAAGCCAAGAGAAAUUUGGAUGAAAAAGCCCAGGAGUCAAAAAUUUUACAAGAUGAACUGCAUGUAACGCAAGAUGCAACGGACAAACUCCAUUUAAAGAUGAAAGAAUUAAGAGACACCCUUUCAGCGAAAGAAAUGACCAUACAGGCUUUGAAAAACAAGAUAGCUGAGCUUUAUGUUGAAGUUCAGAAUACUCUGCAGUCUAAGUCAGAGGCUGAUGCUGAAGCUUCAAUAUCCAAGAAUGAUUUAACAGCUUUGAUUAAUGCUAAGGAAUGGUAUCAACAGCAACUCCAGCUGGCCCAUGAAGUGAGAUGCAGCCUCCAAAAGGAGCUUACAAUACUCCAAGCCCAGAGUGUGUCACAGUCAUCAGUGGUAGAAAGAUUGAAAAUGGACAACACAAAACUUAGACAGCAGCUAACUGAAUCACAAAAUAAAGCUUUGAAAGAGAAGGAAUUGUUGGCCAAGCAUCUGGAAGCUAUUCAAAUGGACAUGAUGGAUAGAGAAGCUGCUUUUCGUGAGAUGCAAGGCGAGAAGAAACUCAUAGAAGACUCUUUUGAUUCUCAAUGCAAGUCUGUGGAAGAUGAAUAUUCAAGGAUAUCUAUGUUAAUGCAGAGUAACUCAGAGCUUGAAUCUCAGCUGGAGAAAGCACAAGAUGAUGCCAAGAAGAAGCAGAUGCACAUCCUUACCCUUGAAAGUCACCAGAUUGAAUUGGAGAAGAAGCUUACUCUCUCUCAAGAAAAGAUCAAUGAAAAGGAUGGGAUGCUGGAAGAUCUGAGAAGAAAAAUUAUUGAAGUUGAUGAGCAGUUGAAAGCAUUUCAGAGAGGACUUGCUGAGAAAGACACAGAGAUCAUGAAGUUGAAGGAAGAAAAAGCCACAGCUGAAAUUGCUUUGAAUGGAGCUUUAAAAGAAAAAGCAUUGGUAGAUAAUGCAUUAGAUGCCUUGAAGUCAAAUAUGGGAAAAGUGGAAGUUAGUUUCAAACAGAUGAGACAUGAGCUGAGUAGCAAAGUCACAGAAUUAGAAUCGGUAAAAAAUGAGAAACAUGAAUUCUCAGAGGAACUGGAUAAGGUCAGGAAAGAGCUGGAAAUCAAAAGAAGAAGUUAUGACACAAUCCACAAGGAUUAUGAUGAGAAGUCAUCUGCAUUGAAUGACAUCCAAAUACAAAAAUCAACCUUAGAGUCACAGAUUGUCUAUCUGAAGAACGAACUUUUGGAUCAAUCAAAUGCACAAUGCACAUCUCAAAUGCAACAAACUGACAUAACCAGUGAUAACUUGAACAACAUAGUCCAGUCAUCAAGAGUUCCACUGAUGGAUGCUGAAAUGAACACAAUUGACCAUAAAGUCCCAAGCAUGGAGUCCUCUACAAAUACAGUAUCUGUACAGAAUUCAGAUGGUCAGAGCCAAACUCAAAGUGUCAAGCAAAUGGAUGCACAAAGCAACACCAUCCCAGUAAGAUGCAGUGAUGCAGAUAUUCAGACUAUUGACCAUAUAGUGGAUACAAAAGACUCUGCUGAUAAUACAGUAGUUACUGAAGCUAUUGGAAUCAAGAAAGACAAAACUCCAAAAGAAACUGAGCAAACUGGUGAAUUUUUAAAUGAAACUAAAGACAGACAACUCAGUCAAACUGAUUCCUCCAUGAACACAGUUCCUAUACAGCAAGCAGAUUCUCACAGCCAAACAUUGGAAAAGCAAUUGACUCAUUCAGAAAGUAACACCACUGUGGUUGAAAGCAGUGAUAGCCAGAUGCAAACUUUGGAAAGACAAACCAGUCAAAUGGCUAGCAAUACUGACUUGAUCGAGCUGACUGAAGCUCACAGCCAAACUGUUGAAAAGUUGAUGCCACAAACAGAUUCCUCAAGCAACACAGAUGAUGUGUCUGUUAUGGGUGUCAGAGCCACUUUAGAGCAUUCCCAUAGCCAAACAGAUGAUAUUGUGGGACAACCUUCAUCAGCCUCCUCAGCUCAGACAACAAUGAACCUCACAGAUAUGUCAGAACUAAUUCAACAAAAUGAGUUCUUUGCUAAAUCUUCUCAAGGAAGUGCUAAUAUGCCUUCAUCUGAUGGUUCAUUUCAAACUGAACCUAUUGAAACUCCUAAAUCUCUUAUGGACUCCUCAAUGCAAACUAUUGAAUAUUUAAAGAAAGUCUCACAGUCAAACAAAGAGACAAACACUGAAGUCUUUCAAAAUAUUGUGCCUUCCAAUAGUGACAGUGUAGAUGGCAUUAAUUCCAAAAUCUGUGAUAAUUCUUCUGAAUCUUAUGACAAUCUUCAAAAAGUUUCAGAAACAGACAAAAAUAUUGUAGAAAAUAACCAAGCAAAAAUUCAUGAAGAGCCUUUGCAAUCAUCUGUGAUCAUAGAUGGUAUCUCGAACGAAAUUCAUCAAAAAAUAAUGGCAGAAAAUACUAGUCUAAAAUCGAAAGUGGUAAACCUAGAGGACAAUUUAGUGUUUCAUCGUGCUGAAGCGAAGGAAGUGAUAUCGAAAUUAAGUGACAAUUUAUUGGUUGUGCAAACAGAGUUGAAAAAUCGGCAAUCGAACUAUGAUCAGAAUGUUGAAGUUCUGGGUGAGAAAUUACGAGAAACGUUCACGGUGAAGCAGCAGUUAGAGAGUGAAUUAAAGAGUUUACAGAAGAAAUUUGAAAACGAUAAUGUUGGUGCUGAACAGUACAAGUCACGCUUACAGUUUCUACAAAAUGAAUUGGACACAGCAUUGAAUCGUGUAAAGGAAUUAGAAGACUACAUUGUAGCUUUUCAAGAAUCUAAAAACAAUGAAAUAACAGAGCUACAACAACAUAUUACAACACUGGUUCAAAAUAUUGAAGAUUUAAAAAAUGAGAAGGAAGGUUCUACUAAAACUGAGGAAUUAAACCAACAAUUGGCAUUAGAAUUGGAAAAGGAAAGAGGUAGAUUAGAAGGAUUGAUCCAGAAUAAUGUAUCAUUAAAACAACAUGUGGGCCAGCUGGAGGAGGCACUGGCACGUCGUGAGUCAAGUUUAGUAGAACUACAGACACAUCUACAGGAUAGUAAUAAAGAUAGGGAGUUGACCUCUGAUGAUUAUAUUAAACAGGUCCAUUCUCUAGAAACAGCUUUACAGAAAGAAAAGGAUGGGCAACGUGAUCUCCGAAAACAGAUUGGUUUAAAAAUAACAGAAAAUAAGAAAUUGAAGAAGAAUAAUGAGGAGGUUAAAAAGGAACAGGAACUUUUACGUCACCAGGUGGAGAUACAUGAACAGGAAGUAGUCAAAUUACAGACUGAGUUAGACAAUAAUCGUGACUUUGGUGUCUCUCACCAGUCAGAAGUGAAGAAUCUACAGUUAGAGAAGAAAAGUUUACAGUUAGAAUUAGAACAUGUCCAGAGAGAGUUGUCUGACAAUGUUGCUAGAAAUUCUCUUAUUAAUGAGGAAAUGGAGAGUUUGCAGUGGCAGAUUAACAAGAAGAAUAGAGAAGUGGAUUUUGCCCAGAAUCAAGUGAAACUGGUAGAAGAAAGACAACAGUCUGAGAUAGACCUACUUAGACAGACAAUCCAAGAGAAACAGACUGAAAUAGAGGAGCUUCAGAGAGAAUUAUUAGGUGCCAAACAAGAGAAAAUCAACCAGAAAUCGCGAGUCACUGAGUUAAGAAGUGCCUUAAAAUCUUCUGUUCAAUAUCAUAAGCUAACCAAGAAAUUGAAUUCCAAGAAAAGUAAAGUUAAGAAAGAAGAAGAAGUGGUGGAACAGCCAGUUUUACCAGAUGCUACUAAUGGUACCACCCUUGGCACCCUAGAACGCUCUACUAUGGUAGAGAAAGGUGUGCAAUGUGAACUCCAGGACAAUACUGUGAUACCAGCACCAGAAUAUGAUCUUGAUGCCAUAGAAACUCUAUUAGAACAAACUGCUAUUCAAACUCUAGAGAGCAAACCAUUAGAUAAUCUCCAGUCUUGUUUGAUCUCAUUGAAAUCUCAGAUUAAUGGGCUACAUAUGUCAAUGGAAGUUCAUACUACAAAUAUUCAUAAUUCUAAUCAAACUUCUUGUGAUAUUGAAAAGGAAGUUCAUGAGUUACAGGAAGUAGUAAGAACUGUGGCUAAUACCACAUUUGCUUCCUUAACAACCAAUACAAAAUCUAUAUCAACAGAAGGCUCACAGGGGGAAUAA